AUGAAUGCCGCGGUCAGGAGUCACGCAAAGGUUGCGGGGUCACCGCCAAUGAAAGGAUGGGGGGAGCUGCUUCUCACCGCCUACCGGGGCCGGCUGACAAGAGGGGCGAAACAACCAAACAACCCGGGAAUCCUGCAGGACAUGAUGCGACACGCCUUCAGUUGUCCUGCUCCGGCGACUCCCAACAUGUCCAGUCUCCGGCUGGAUUUACGCAACAAAGCCUACAUCUGCGAGUUAAGUGAGGGAGGAUCGGAAGCGGAACACGAAGGAUUUUGUCCCAAUAAGCUGAACUCCAAUCUGUGGGUCGAUGCGCAGAGCACCUGCGAGAGGGAGUGCAGCGUCGACGGGGACUGCGCUGACUUUGAGAAAUGCUGCACCAAUGUGUGUGGCCUCAACAGUUGCGUUGCUGCACGUUUCUCUGACGGCACCCCUGCUCAGCCAGAUGGGAGAGGUGGGGAGGACGGAGAGGCUGCCCCCACAUCCACAGCUACCUGCGAGGGCUUUGUCUGCAGCCAGCAGGGAGCCACGUGUGACAUCUGGGAUGGACAGCCCAUCUGCAAGUGCCAGGACCGCUGUGAGAAAGAGCCCAACUUCACCUGUGCGUCGGAUGGCCUCACCUAUUUCAACCGCUGCUACAUGGAUGCAGAAGCCUGCAUCCGUGGGGUGACUUUAACCGUCACCCCCUGCCGCUUCUACCUCACCGGGCCCCACACCAGCCCCCUUCCUCAAGAUACUACGGUUCAGCCCACCCCGACGUCCUCCCUGGAGGAUCCGAUGCCCCCCACGCUGUACUCUAACCCUCAACACCAGUCCAUCUACGUUGGAGGCACAGUCAGCUUCCACUGUGAUGUCAUUGGAGUACCCAGACCUGAUGUGACGUGGGAGAAGCAGAGUGACCGACGGGAACGACUGGUCAUGAGACCUGACCAGAUGUAUGGCAACGUUGUUAUAACAAACAUCGGGCAGCUCGUCAUUUACAAUGCCCAGGUGUGGGAUACAGGUAUUUACACUUGCAUUGCACGGAAUUCUGCAGGAGUUCUCCGUGCAGACUAUCCAUUGUCUGUCAUUCGCCGGGCUGAUGAUUUCUCUGAAGAUCCCGAGAUGCCCAUGGGCCGGCCAUUUUCACCAGCAGACUGCCUGGCUGAAGUGGACCUCAAAGUGUGCAGCAGCGAGCGUCAUGUUGACUGGUAUUAUGACAGCAAGCUGGGCACCUGCAUGAGCUUCAGCAAUGGUGGAUGUGAGGACAGUCGCAAUCGAUUUGAGACUUACGAGGAGUGUAAAGCCUCGUGCCAGAGAGAGGGGAUGGGAAUCUGCUCCUUGCCUGCUGUUCAGGGUCCCUGCAAAUCUUGGGAGGUACGCUGGGCCUGGAAUUCCUUAAUGAAAAUGUGCCAGGCUUUUGCUUUCGGUGGCUGUGAUGGCAAUCCCAACAACUUCCAGACCAAAAAAGAGUGUGAGGCAAACUGUCCACAGCGCAAACGGAAACCUUGCAAGACCUGCCGGAUGAGGGGGAAAAUGAUAGCCAGCUUGUGUCGCAGUGACUUUGCUAUCGUGGGCCGGCUGACGGAGCUCGUUGAGGACCUGGACUCCGGGUUAGCUCGCUUUAGCUUGGAAGAAGUCCUGAGGGAUGAAAAGAUGGACUUGAGUUUCUUCAAUACUGAACACCUAGAGGUCACCAUCACAAAGAUAGACUGGAGCUGCCCCUGCCCCAACAUCACCAUGGAGGAAAAUCCUUUACUGGUGAUGGGUAUGGUGCAGGAUGGCAUGGCCAUCAUCCAGUCGGACAGCUACGUGAAAGUCAUAACUGAACGCAGACUCAAAAAGCUGCACGAUGCUCUAAAUAAAAAGACAUGCGCGUGACUGUGAAAGUCCCAUGGCAGAUUUUUAGUCCCAAAAAGGGAAGUGGUCAAAUCUACCUUUAAAUUGAAAAAGCUCAAGUUUUGGAAAUGUCACAAAUAAUACGUUUAGUAUCCAAUUACAAAAGACAGCUGAAUCUGUUCAUUCAAAUACUGGUUGUACUACAUUCCUGAUCUCUCGAGAAGCCAUUUAUUCCAGUGCUUAAAUCUUUUUUAUUUUUCACUGCAUAACUAUAAAUGUGUGUCUUAUUACUUGUGUAUGUUUGUACUGUAAAUAAUAAGAUAGAAGCUAG